AUAUUGACCAUCGGAAAAAGUCGCGUCGUAUCGCAGUCAUCAGUCGAAACUGAGUCACCGCGAGCACGCGUCCCUUCGCGACUUCGGUGCGCGUCGUGCGUCUUCGGCUUGCGGUCGAGUCUUUUCCCGUUUCCCCCGCCCGGCGUCUUGCGAACAACAAGUGGCUCGCAGUCGCGCCACACUUUGCACAACUUUCCGGAGUGCGCGCACGGCGUAUCGCGUGUUACAAACUUUUCUCGGAGUGAACUAGUGGCGUGCGGACUCGAGUGGCGUGCGAUCGAGGGUGAGCUGGAGUCGAUGCACCUUCCGCACGCAAGCCCCGCGGCCCCGAGCAUGGCGGACGUCUACUCGCACAUCCACGAGUACUACCGGCAGAGCCACGGCGACCUGGUGCAGACCGGCUCCCCAGCAGUGCUCUGCUCGGCUUUACCCGGACACUGGCGGUCCAACAAGUCCUUACCGGUAGCCUUCAAGGUCGUCGCCCUCGACGAUGUGCAAGACGGGACCUUAGUGACCAUUAAAGCUGGGAACGAUGAGAAUGUGAUGGCGGAGAUGAGGAACUGCACCGCUGUGAUGAAGAACCAGGUGGCAAAGUUCAAUGACCUGAGGUUCGUGGGUCGCAGCGGGCGUGGCAAGUCCUUCAGCCUGACCAUCACCAUCAGCACGUUCCCCAGCCAAGUGGCCUCCUACACCAAAGCUAUCAAGGUCACCGUGGACGGACCCAGAGAACCCCGGACCAAGCAAAAUUACGGUUACGGUCACCCUGGCGCCUUCAACCCGUUCCUGCUCAACCCGGGCUGGUUAGACGCUGCGUAUCUGAACUACGCCUGGGCGGACUAUUUCAGGCCGCCGCAAUUGAGGGAUCAAGCUGCCCUUGUUAAAGGUGGGGCUGCACCCAUAACGACACCACCGCUGGCGUUGCCCGGAGCGGAGCUGUUCCCGUUUCCACCGGCGAUGGCGAGCUUACCGACCGGAGGGUUGAUCCCUCCGCCCGGAGCGUUCCUACCGCCGAACGGACUUCUGGCUUUCCCGCCCCAUCCCGCAGAUCUUGCGUUAAAAAGUUUACCACCGGAGCUGACGUUGAAAAACGGCAUCAGUCCCUACGACGCGUUAAGGCAGUUCCAAAGCAACGUCUCCUCGAUGGACACUUCGAGCGCUCGCUUGUCUCCGACGAGCAGCAGACAGAGUGGAAGCCCGAGGAGUGUCACAAACGCCAGUCCGAGAUCGAAGGCUGAUUCGAGGUCGGAAGUCAACUCGACUCACGAAGCAACGAUAUCUGACGAAUCGGACGAAGAGCCGAUCGAAGUCGUCAAAUCGGCGUUCCACCCGACGAGACCGGCAAACGUGGAACUGCAGGAGAUGAAGCAAGUCCAGGCGGCGGACUCCACCGUGGCGGACAAGCCCCGGACGCGCAACGAACUAAAAGCGCCUUCACAACGCACCACUCGUGUUCUCUCCACUAGUCCCACAUCGACCAAAAUUACAAAUGGCAGCAUAUCGAACCAUAAAUCCGUGUGGAGACCAUAUUGACGUUUUUAGUGUUAGUGACUUUAUAUCCGUGCGUAUCGGAGUUAUUGAAAUGUGAUAAAACGAGCUUGUACAUAUUGUAGUUAUUAGUAAAUUAAAUAUUGAGAUAUUUAUUUAAUAGAGAUAGAUAUUUAGUAGAUUAUGACUUCAUUGUUCGGAGUUGUAGUAAUGUAAAUUGUAAUUAUUGUGGUAAAAGUUUCGGGUGUUGUUAAAGCUUUUUGAAUAUGUAUAGAUGCAUUGAAAUUAUUUAAAUGUUAAUUAUCGUAUCAAACCAAUGAAUUGUAAAAUAUAUGACGAUACAUUUUAUGUAGAUCCUUUUUAUUGUAUACUUCGAAUAAAAUCCAUUGACUGACUACCUAAUAUACCUAGUUGAACAGAUGGAAAUCUGUGUACAUAAUAAUCGUAUGUAAGAAUAAUGUAAAUUAUAUUUAUUAUUGUACAAAUUGAAAUAUAAAUCGCAAUGUCUUACCGAGUUGUAAAAUAUGUAGACUACGUACCGAGAUAAAAUAUAAUACUGA